AUGAAAAUAAAAUUUCAAUCUACUCGAUUGUACCUAUGGCAUACAUUUAAUAUGAAAAAAAUUAUUUUCGUCGUAAGUUUUCUAAUUAUUAUCUCGAUUGAAAGUAUUGUUAAUAUUACGGAAUGGUCCAAUGCAUUUAAAUCUUCAACAAAAUAUUCCGAACUUUUACAUUCAAAAUCCACUGAAUUCAAUUCUUACAAUGAUUCAAUCGUAUUACAAACACAAUUCGAUAUUGUUUUAAGUUAUUAUUCUGAAGAUAUUGAUUUUGUUGCACAGUAUAUUCGCUCUUUAAGGCAUGUUUUAACAUUAAAAAAACUUAAUCCUCGAAUUAUUGUUUAUAAUAAAAAUUCUAAAGUUAAUAAUUCAGUUUUAAAACUACUUUUAAAAGCAGAUAUUAUUCAAUUGUUACCGAAUUUAGGACGUGAAGGUGGUACUUAUCUUUAUCAUAUCAUUAAUAAUUAUGAUAUUAUUGCUAAUCAUACAAUUUUUUCGCAAGCAGGCGUUGAAGGUAUUACUAAUAGAGGUUUAGCUGAUUGGUAUUUAGAUCGAUUAGAUAAACAAUUCAAUUCAUCCGUUGGAUAUAUGCCACUUAUAAAUAAUAAUAUGAUAACGAAUUAUGAUUGUGGUUCGCAUCGAACAGGUCAUUUUCCAAGAAUGGUGCAAGUUUGGUCGAUGCUAGAACAAAGCUUAUGUCCACCAGGUGGACAAGCAGUUGCGUUUCGUGGUCAAUUUCUUGUAAGUGGUAAACGAAUACGAGAUCGACCUUUAAAAGUCUAUAAAUAUCUCUAUGAACUAAUAACAGUCAAUAGUUCUCACUGGCUUCAUCGUGAUAUACGUUCGAUAUUUUAUAAAUCGACACCAGAUAAUCCAAUAUUUGGUCAUACUGUUGAACGCAUAUGGACAAUUCUAUUCAAAUGUUUUAAAAAUGAUUUAUAUGAUCGAUGUAAAAGAAGAGAAUGUGCAUGUUUUGAUGAAUCUUAA